AACGUUUUUAUAAAAUCUAAAAAAGACGUGUUAAAAUAUGGUGGACGAUAAAAAAAAAUAAAGACACAAAUGAUGAUAAUUGCAUCGUUUUACGUUUUCUUUUUGCAACGUUCACAAUGAAAUUGUGCAAUUCUAAUCAAGACUUUGUCCUGAUUCUCGACCAAAGAACGAAAUACGCUGGUUUACCUCGAUCGUAAGGCAUAAAUGGAGGGUGGGCUUCAAUUACGAAAAGGAAGGAAUUGAAAAACCGUAAGAUGAAGUCUCGUUUCACCGAUUAGUUGUAUGAUUGGCGGUUGAUUUUCAGCAUUUUCAAGACGAGAUGGAAGAUAUUUUCACGAUUGGAUGUUCCACGAUUAAAAAAUAAAAUAAGAAGGAAUCGCAGCGUUGAAUGCGAAAAAAAGAAAGGGAAACUCGACGAAAUAACGAUAGCUAUAGCGACAAUACAGAUGUGGAACGUUUAUUAGCGAGGUAUUCGUGAAAUGUAAAUGAAAACAAGAUUUUGGUGGGAAUUUGCGACAGUAUUUUUCAGAAAUGGUCAGCCAACACGCGAUGGCCACCACGGUUCGCAAAGUGAAGCAGGAGAAUCGUUUGAGGCGACAGAAUUUGAACCAAGAUGAGGAAGGGCUUUACAAGCCUGUACCACCACCGAAACCGGUGCCGAACAAUCAAAAGAUUCAGAACGGGCAACAGGAUAGCAGGAUACAGACGGUAGCCGAGCAAUCGUCACGGACCAUCGUUUCCGGUGUGGAGAGGAACACAACGUUAGACGAGAGCCAACUUCGAAGUUCCGGACAGAACGUUGCACCGGAAUACAGGAUGCCACCACUCUACGGAGAGGAACAGAGCUCGAGUCAGACUCAACAGCCUGCUAACUUACAGACUCAUAGCAGCAAAUUUCCGAUUGAACGCGAAGUUGUUCUAUCAUCGGGAGAUAAAAAUUCAAAGAUUCCUAUUCUGCACGAAUACAAACAAAGAACUGCCGGAAGAGUGGCUAUUGCACCGGAUGCACCGAUCAAGCAGCAAGCUUGGGUUCAAGAGGGAACUCAGAUGCAAGAAGUGAGACAAGAGGGCCAAGCGAGGAGUUAUCAAGCAGCGGAAUCAUACGCGUCGACGUCGGUUGGAUCGGCGCCAAGGACGACCAAGAUCGAUGAAGAGAAAAGCAAAUCGAUCUCGAGGACUUAUCACACGAUUAAGGACAUGAUAUCGAGCCGUUUCGGGCAGGGCCGCAAGGACGUUGAGCCGGAACCGGAGGCGAGUUUGAACAACGUUACGGAAGAAUUGAGAAAAUCGAGUAGGAGCAUCGAUGAGGAGGAGGCCAAAAAGAAGGAUGGGAUUUAUGGGAAACCGCGGGCUCAAGAUCCUCCCCUUAAUAUGCAACAAUAUCCGAAGAAUGCUUGUAGUCAGUACGGACACUCGUAUAGUUAUCUGAACAAUCAGCAGAACGUACCGCUUCCUGGACAACUUCAACCAACGUCGCAAAUUCAACCCAAUUUACCGGGUCAAAGUGCUCAGCUUCACGUGACGCAUCACACUCCACCAGGAGGGGUUCAAACGGUUCAUCAAACUCAAGUUGCUGGUUUCGGGCAAUCGGCGACAGGUGGACAGCAGGUGCAAAACGUUGCUAGGGAAUACGUUGUACAGGGACCAUCUGGAUUGCCGAGUCAGCAAUUGCAUCAAGCACUUCAUCAGAAUCCUCAGAACCAGGGCCAGAACACGCAGAUGCAAAAGUCUCACGGUUUACCGAUUCAACCUCAUCAAGUGGGGAAUUCCAUGCAGCCAUCGAAUCAAAACUUUCAAAGCGCUCAACAAUUGAUGCAUCAGAAUCAGAGUCAUCAUCAGAGCCCUAGAUUCGCCCAACAACACGCGCAGAACAUGCACCAACGUCAACUGAUCCAACAGAUGCAUCAACAACAAUUGGCCGGGCAGCAGAACGCCAACCAGCCAGGAGUCAGGAACGUGCAACAGAGUUAUUUCUCGAACAACGUGUCUUAUCAGCAGUACCAGCAAGCCCGACAGGCUAUGUCAAGAUCUCAGAUCGAUCUACCCAGCACUUCGAGACAAGCUCAAGAACUGAGGCUGCCCGGCCAAGAGGUAUACUAUCAUUACGCUCAAGGCCGGCCUAGGUACGGUGUACCGCAAGUCUACAUGAAGACCGAAAGUAAUCAAGAGGCCGAGUUCCAACGACGAAACUCGACCAAAGGUAUCGAGAAAGCUGCUUCCCAACCGCAACUCUGCUACGAGGACGAGAGGGUUGUUGCGAACGAUCCCCAAUCGAGGAAUCCGAUAAUAGAUCCUAUCAAGGGUCUGACGGUUGAUCCGUUGGACAAGGAACGGUACGAGAUCACGGUGGAGGAUCACGGUGGUGGAGUAACAGCCGAGUUUGGAAGAAGCGAUUCUCAAAGAAAGGAGACCGAGUAUCGACCGGAGACAAGCUUCGGUAUACGCAGAGACGACGCUGUCAGGUGUUCGAAAAGGGAACAAGAGCAAAUAGGGAUGGGUGGGCAAGAUGGGCAGGAGUCGGAAGGAAGUUCGGUGCAGAAGAGGAUCGAGGAGUUGCAGAAACGAGCCGAGGAGAAUCAUUAUAACGGGAAAGUGUCGUCGAAGGAGGGUAUGGAAGGGGCGGAGGUAGGUAAAAGUUCGUCCACGACGAAAAUUGGAAACGGCGAUGGACCAAAGAGAAUGGAGAAUCAAUACGCAAAGGAUCUUGUUCCGGCGAAAUCCGAGGUAAGAAAAGACGAGCUGGAACAUGGGAUCGGUCGAUUGAAAAUCCAAAAUCAGGGAUCAGGAUCGGAUUACGACAAAGCCGGCCAGAGUUCCUCGAAUGUUGAUUCGGGGAGAGGAUCGGCCGUUUAUUCCAGCGGAAGGCGGCCACCACCGGAAGAUCAAACUCAUCAACCAGUACAAGACUCAGAAUGGGUGGACAUUGUGGAAUCCGAAUUGAGAAGUAUUUUAGAGCCGAGAGAUGUGCCCGCUAUGGCGCAUUCCACUCUAUCUGAAAGCGUAUCAUCGGUAACUCCACCCCUGCCGCCGCUUUCACCCCAUGAAAGUCCCAGAACAUCGAGAAAUCGAUACUCGGCGAGCUUACCAUACGGAUCGAAACCUAAUUACAGCGAUUACAGCAAGGCCAUGGAGAAGAGAGGAUUCUCGAGUAGUUCGAAGCAUCGUGGUGCCUCGACUUCCAAGAAAGAAGCUGCUAAGAAGUUCUCUCAUCUUUUCGGUGUCGAAGCUGGCGAUUUAACUUCGACCACGACUGGACUCGAUUUAGAUUCGAUGUUGGAUAGAAGUGAUUCUGAUUUAAGCACGAAUGACGCGAGAACGAUUAGGAAACAACUGGAGGGUUUGGAAAAUAUGUAUAGCGAGGUAUUGAAAUUGCUCGGUGGAAGUGUGAAAAAGAGACGUAAAGCCAGAGGCUUAGCCAGUUAUGGUUCCGUCUCAUCGUUGCCGACAUCAUCCGUCUCGUCCAGGCCACCUGUAACGAGGCACCAUGAUAAACGCAGAUCCCACGCGAUUGACGACAGAAUGAAGAAAGCCAAAGACAUCAAGAGUAUUAAUAAACGCUUUCAACGACUAGAAUCUCACGUGGUUACACUUGCCAGAUCGGUGGCACACUUGAGCUCGGAGAUGAGAACGCAACAUUUAAUGAUACAGGAAAUGGAGAACAUAAGGGGAGAGAUUGCUGCACUGAGGACGCAAACGAGUAUGGCAAUGGUGAGAUCGCAGUCUCAACCAUUGAUCAAGGAUUCGGAACUACCAGCUCUCUCCAAUCCUUCCAGAGUGAAAAAGCUCACCAAGUUCUUCGGCACGGAGCCACCUCUCAUCAGACUAUUCCUCAGGGAACUUGGGUAUGAGAAAUAUGCGAAUGCUUUCGAGAAAGAAAAAGUCGGAAUGGUGGAGCUUCCUUAUCUAAGCGAGGAAAGAUUGCAAAAAAUGGGAGUUCCCCUGGGACCGAGACUGAGGAUUUUACAAGAAGCGAGGAUAUCGGUGUGCAAAGAUCCAAUUUAUGUUGUGUGAGUCUCGUGGAAUCCCUUGUUCACCUGAAAAGCUACAGAACGAAGAGAUAAUUAAAAAAAAAAAAAAA